UAGAAAAGUUUAGCAAAUGAUAGAAAUUAUUAAAACUGCAUAAAAUUAUUUUCAAAUGCAGCUCUAAUGUAUGUACGUUUGUACAUGCGUCAUAUAAAUUCUACGGAAACAUAAAAUUACAAAAAACUUGCAUUCGACACCGCAACUUGAAGUGAGCAUUGCAUCAUUAGUCAUAUAAAGAAAUAAAAUGUUUCGAAACUGUGGAAAUAAAUUCUUUAAAAAUGUCAUUAAAUUCAAUCUAUUGACCACAACACAACAACGUUAUGCAGCAAAAUGGUAUCCGGAUGCCGAAUUUAUGCAACAAUUUUCAGCUCCAGUUAUGUAUCCCGAUCAAGUUACCUCUAAAUGGCAACUACCACCAUGGAAUCAUCAAAUGACACCUACAGAGAAAAAAGUACGUAAUCUAACAUUGAAUUUUGGACCACAACAUCCAGCAGCUCAUGGUGUUUUGCGUUUGGUAUUGGAAUUAGAUGGUGAAACUGUUAUACACUGUGAUCCUCAUAUUGGACUAUUGCAUCGUGGCACCGAAAAGCUGAUUGAGUAUAAAACCUAUUUACAAGCUUUGCCCUAUUUUGAUCGUUUGGAUUAUGUUUCCAUGAUGUGCAACGAACAGUGUUAUUCGUUGGCCGUGGAAAAAUUGCUAAAUAUUGAGGUGCCAAUUCGUGCCAAGUACAUACGCACCUUAUUUGCCGAAAUAACACGUUUACUUAAUCACAUCAUGGCUAUUGGUUCACAUGCUAUAGAUAUUGGUGCCAUAACGCCAUUCUUUUGGUUGUUUGAGGAACGUGAAAAACUAAUGGAAUUCUAUGAACGGGUAUCAGGAGCUCGUAUGCAUGCUGCUUACAUACGUCCCGGUGGUGUUUCUCUCGAUAUGCCUCUACACUUAAUGGAUGAUAUUUAUGAGUUUGCUUCCAAAUUUGCCGAACGUUUGGAUGAGGUAGAAGAUGUUUUAACCCAUAAUCGUAUUUGGCUAACACGUACUGUAGACAUUGGUGUGGUGUCCGCCGAGGAAGCUUUAAAUUAUGGCUUUAGUGGUGUCAUGCUUAGAGGUUCGGGCAUAAAAUGGGAUCUACGUAAACAGCAGCCCUAUGAUGCCUAUCACCUAAUGGAAUUCGAUGUACCUAUAGGAUCGAAAGGAGACUGUUACGAUCGUUAUCUAUGUCGCAUUGAAGAAAUGCGUCAAUCUUUGCGUAUCAUAGAACAAUGUCUCAAUCAAAUGCCUGCCGGUGAGAUAAAAACCGAUGAUUGCAAGAUAACUCCUCCCAGGCGUCGUGAAAUGAAACAAUCCAUGGAAGCUUUGAUACAUCAUUUUAAAUACUUUACACAAGGUUUUUGUGUACCUCCUGGUGCCACGUACACCGCUAUUGAGGCUCCUAAAGGAGAAUUUGGUGUUUAUUUGGUAUCGGAUGGUUCCAGUCGUCCAUAUCGUUGUAAAAUUAAAGCUCCAGGUUUUGCUCAUUUAGCGGCUCUAGAUCGUAUUGGUAGUCAGCAUAUGUUGGCCGAUAUUGUAGCAAUUAUUGGUACGCUGGACGUGGUAUUUGGUGAAAUUGAUCGUUAAGUAUUUUAAAUGAAAGAAAUAAAUUUGAAAAGAAAAAUA